AUCAGUCUGUCUAAAUCCGGGAAGUGUAGUAAAGGGUGCUAAAAGCUCCGCAGGUAAUGGCCAAAUAUACCCGACCAGAACAGCUGUCGUAGAGACUUUUAACCAUAUUCACUGUCGUCGUUAUUACACGAGCUACACCCAGUUGCGUAUCCAUCAGCAGUUCAUUUGUCGGCGGGUUUGAUUCUUUGACUGGACAGGAUCAUCGGAAGCGAGGAGUCGUCCUGGGCGUGUUUGCUCUAAGAUCUGUGUAUUUCAUGUGCAUGGCCCUUGGUGUGGGAGCAGCAUGAGCGGGGAGCCUGAUGCCUUAGCUGUGGUGAAUCAGCUGAGGGACUUAGCUGCUGACCCCCUCAACAGGCGAGCUAUUGUUGAAGAUCAAGGCUGCUUGUCAGGCCUCAUUCUCUUCUUCGACCAUCCCAAUCCACAAGUCGUCUACUCUGCGCUAUUGGCGGUGCGCUACCUGGCAGAAUGCCGCUCCAACAGGGAGAAGAUGAAGGACGAGCUGGGAAUGAUGCUGAGCCUGCAGAACGUCAUGCAGAAGGGCACGUCGCCAGGCGAGACCAAGCUGCUAGCGUCUGAGAUCUACGAGAUCCUGCAGAACUCCAGCAGCGCGGAGGCCGAACAGGCGGAAGCGGCCGCCUCUUGCCGAAAAAAAGCCCAGUUUUUCCUGGGCUCAACGAACAAACGGGCCAAAACGGUGGUGCUUCAGAUCGACGGGCUUGAUGAUUCGGCUCGGAGGAGUCUUUGUGAAGAAGCCCUGCUAAAGAUCAAAGGUGUCAUCAGCUUUACGUUCCAGAUGGCUGUGAAGAGAUGUGUGGUGAGGAUCCGAUCAGACUUGAAGGCUGAG